AUGGCUCAGAGUCAGGCUGGAUCUGUCAGCGCCCUUGGUUUUGUCUCUGGCGAGUCUGAACCAAAGAGUGAUGCUCAUUUUGAUGCAGUAACCCACGUGUCUGGUCUUAACAGUGCAAGUCACUAUGAGCAAGACCGGAGUGCACUUAAGCGGAAGGAAUGGGAGAGAAGAAACCAGGAAGUCCAGCAAGAUGAAGAUCUCUUUGCUUCAGGUUUUAACCUCUUCGGGGAACCCUACAAGACAAAUAAAGGCGACGCCCUUGCAAACCGUGUCCAGAACACAUUGGGAAAUUAUGAUGAGAUGAAGGAUCUGUUAACCAACCACUCCAACCAGAGCCACCUUGUAGGAAUCCCAAAGAAUUCUGUCCCACAGACACCCAUUGACAAAAAUGAGCAGAACUUUUUCCCAGAACCAAGGAACAGGAUGAUCCCAUCUCAUCAGAUUAGUGGCAACUCAUCAACAUCAAUGCCACCGCCUUCUUCAUUGUCAUCUAAUUCUACUUUGCUACACAGCCACCAGAGCAGCAGGAAGUCAAGGACAGACUGGUCCCGCAGUGGUCACAACUCCAGUGGGGCUCAGCCCAGCCAGUCCAGUGGUCAGCAGAGUCGGACAAAGCACAGCUCUUCUCAUGACCAGUCACAGGGCAGGUAUGAAGAUCUCUAUAAUUGCCAGAGUGAGCAGCAUAAAAGUGGAGGAACUGAUGAAGCAAAUGCUAUGGCAACAUCUUCACAUUCAAGGAGGCACACUCAUGCUAAGUCAGCACCUGGAGAACACACUUACAAAGAAAACACUCAUUCGAAGUCACCCUCAGAGCUUGAGUUUGUAGGCCAUGGUCCUGGAUCUCCAGUUCCUUCCACUUCUUUGUUAACUGCAAACAAUGGUCUUUCAACUCAAAAUUUCCCACCAGGACUUCACUGUAAAAACAGCAUGGUCCAGCAAAAGCCUACAGCUUAUGUCAGGCCUAUGGACGGUCAGGACCAGGUACCCAAUGACUCACCUGAAUUGAAACCCCCAAUAGAAAUUGAGAGUGGAUAUGGAAAUCAGUCCUUCGGAACACUGCUGGAAGGAAAAGUGAACACUCCUAGUUCAAAGAACAAAGUACCAAAGCUCAACAUUCCUCCUGUUAGUGAAGUUGCCCUUCCCAAUGACUCCAGCUGUGUGGAAGAAAUACUGCGGGAGAUGACCCAUUCCUGGCCUCCUCCUCUUACUGCUAUUCACACUCCUGGCAAGGCUGAGCAGACCAAGUUUUCUAUCCCAAGCAAGGACUCCCAACAUCUGACCUCAGGAUACAAUGUACAAAAGUGGAGUGAUCCAGCAGGGAAAGUUGCAACUAAGUCAGUGCCACAAAAGUCAAUGCUUGAGGAUGAUCUAAAACUCAGCAGUGAUGAAGAUGACAAUGAACAGGCUGCCGAAAAGACAAAAUUGAGAAACAUUCCUGUAAACAGCCUGCCAGUGCCAGUGGCACACGCCACUGGCUUGACCCAUUCCAGUGGUGGCUCCGACAGCUCCAGCGAGUCCGAGAGCAGCUCCGAGUCUGACUCCGACAGCGAGAGCAGCUCCAGCGACAGUGAGUGCAACGAGGAGUCCCGCAGUGCCACGCCAGAGCCCGAACCCCCCUCAACGAACAAAUGGCAACUGGAUAAAUGGCUAAAUAAGGUGAACCCCCACAACAAGACCAUCAUCAACAGUCAAAAUGAGACUCUCAGUGAGAGCAGCUCCCAGGCCCAGAGCAACCAGCAGGCCGAAGGGCCAAACAAAGGGAAGCUCAACAGCAGCCUGCCCCCAGCCGAUUCCAAAGACCGGGCAAUUCUUAGUCCCAUCCGAGAGAAAGCCAAACCACGGGUUGCCCAGAAAACCCCAGAGGCAAAAGUCUCCAAGCAGAAGUCACCAGCUCAUAAUGAGCCAACUUCACAAAGGACUACUGGGAAAAAGCAACCCAAAAAGGUAGAAAGGACUUCCAGUGUAGAAGAGUAUAACUGGCCCAAACCAAAUAAUACCAGCAACACUCCCAAAGAAAAAGAUACACAGGAACCCCCCGAGCAGCCAAAGGUUCGAACUAAAGCAGCAGUUGGGAAGACAGCUCCAAGGAAAGAACCACGAACUAGCACAGGUCUCACUUCAGAGAAGAAAAAGUACAGAGGCCCCAGCAAAAUUAUCCCGAAGUCCCGGGAGUUCAUUGAAACUGAUUCAUCUACUUCUGACUCAAACACAGACCAGGAGGAGAGCUUGCAGGCGAAGGUGCUGCCAGCCUGCACUGGGUCUGGCAGUGGUGUCAAAGUGAAGGACUCUGGCAGCAACAUCCUCAGUGUAAGUAGCUUAACCAGCAAUGGCAGCAACACAUCCAUUGAUCAGACCAGCAAUGACCUGGAGGAGCAGCUCUUUUCUCCUAUCCCAAUCGUACAAAAUAUACUUCUGUCCCCACUGAGAGAAUAUGAAGAACUCAAGUCUCUGUGGGUGAAAAUAGACCUUAGUUUACUCUCUAGGGUACCUGGACAGGAAACUUUUGAGACCACGUCUGUGAAAAGUGAACCAAGAGAGGCAAAUGUGAAACACAGGCGACCAUCUCGAGAGUCCCCUACUCCAGCAGCUGAAAAACCCUCCACAAAAUCCAAAAGGAAACACAAGCAGACAGAAGGCCUGGAUACUUUUGUUGAAAGCAAGAAGCAGCGCCUGGAGGACCCUCCAGCUUCCUGUCUGCUCCCACCUUGUAUCUCUCCAAUACCAAACCACAGAAUAACCAGCACUAAAGAGAGCAACAAUAGCUCAGUGAAGAAGGCGACAAAGAAAAGAGAAGAGAAGCUGUUCCCUCCUCCCUUGUCCCCACUCUUGGACGAUCCUGUGCACCGGCGACACAGCAGUGACAACAGCACCUUCAGCCAGGAGCCCACUGUCACAAACACCUCACAGACCAGCAGCUCUUCCUCCUCUGCUUCUAAACACAGAAAGAAUGAAAAUAAAUCUUCUUCUAACCCCAAAGCAAUCUGUGAGGAAGAAUGUCACAGUACACCCACAGCCAACACUCUUCUUGACACCAGCCAUUUAGAACCAGACAUCUGGUCUGCAAUGCCAAGGCUUUCCAAUGGGAAUUCUGAGCCCAGAAGACCCAAAAUAACAUUUGAUGAUGUGCUUCACAAUGCAGAUUAUUACAUGCAGGAGGCUAAGAAGCUGAAGCAUAAAGCAGAUGCACUGCUGGAGAAGUUCGGUAAAGCAGUGAAUUAUGCUGAUGCUGCCCUCUCCUUCAUUGAGUGCGGGAACGCUAUGGAGCGAGAUCCAUUAGAAGCUAAAUCGCCAUACACCAUGUACUCAGAGACUGUGGAACUCAUCAGGUAUGCAAUGAGACUCAAGAAUUUCACAGGCUCUUCUGCCACAGAAGGGGACAAGAAAUUAGCAGUUUUAUGCUACCGAUGCUUAUCACUUCUCUACUUGAGAAUGUUUAAACUAAAGAAGGACCAUGCUAUGAAGUACUCCAGAUCUCUGAUGGAAUAUUUUAAGGGUUUUACAAGGUGCUACACAGACGUGAAAGGCAGAAUGAGUAAGCAGAACUCUUCAAAAGCCUCACAGGCCCCCUCACCUUGGGGCGGCAAUGGAAAGAGCACAGAAACCCCCUCGCCCAUGUCCCUGAGCCCAUCCCCCGUCAGCUCUGCUGGAAGCAGCACGGGCACGGCCAGCUCAUCCUCAGUGGGGACCAUCACCAUCCCCCAGCGCAUCCACCACAUGGCUGCCAGCCACGUCAACAUCACCAACAAUGUCCUGCGCAGCUACGAGCACUGGGACAUGGCUGACAAGCUGACCAAGGAGAACAAAGAGUUCUUUCUAGACCUGGACUCAGUGAUGGGACCCUUAACACAACACAGCAGUAUGACCAAUCUGGUUCGUUACAUUCGCCAGGGACUCCACUGGCUCCGCAUUGAGGCUCAUUUGUUGUAG